GAAGCAAACAAAUGAUCCAAGGUUUCCAGAGCGCUUAGACCAGGACGCGGCUGGCAUGCGAGCGGACAAAUUAACAGAGCCUUCGUUAUCACGCUCAACAGGAGAGCUCUCACUAUGAUAUUAUGCUGUUUUCAAUGAUUCUGAAGAUUUAGGGCUCAAAAAAGCCAAGGAAUGAGCUAGAAAACGUUUUAGUUCAAGAAAGCUUCUUCUGGGGUUUAGGGUUUUGUGGCCUGAUGGCAACUUCAGGCCAGUCGCUCCGCUCCUCCUCCGCUGCCACUAGCGGAGGCAACUUCGACUCUCUCAACCGUAUCCUCUCCGACCUCUGCAUUCGCGGUCAUCCCAAGGAGGGGGCUCCAUCAGCAUUAAAGAAACACAUUGAAGAAGCAGCUCGUGAUCUUAACGGGGAAACAUUUUCCCGGUUCAUGGAUCAAUUAUAUGAUCGUAUUUCUACUCUUUUAGAAAGUAAUGAUGUAGCUGAAAAUUUGGGAGCUUUAAGGGCUAUUGAUGAGUUGAUUGAUGUGGCUCUGGGUGAAAAUGCUUCGAAAGUUUCAAAAUUUUCUAAUUAUAUUAGGAAUGUAUUUGAAUUGAAGCGUGAUCCUGAAAUUUUGGUCCUCGCUAGCCGAGUUUUGGGUCAUCUAGCUAGAGCGGGUGGAGCAAUGACAGCAGAUGAAGUUGAACGCCAGGUAAAAAUUGCUUUGGAAUGGUUGCGUGGGGAAAGGAUCGAGUAUCGUCGCUUUGCUGCUGUCUUAAUCCUGAAGGAAAUGGCCGAAAAUGCUUCAACAGUUUUCAAUGUUCAUGUACCAGAAUUUGUGGAUGCCAUUUGGGUUGCUUUGCGGGAUCCACAACUAGCUGUUCGGGAGCGGGCUGUGGAGGCAUUGCGUGCUUGCCUUCGUGUUAUUGAAAAGCGUGAGACACGUUGGCGUGUGCAAUGGUCAGUUAUAGAAAACAUAGUAGGUAGAUUGUUUAAUGUUUUGUUAAUUUCUUUAUGUUUGAUAGAAUAAAUAUUACCUUUCUUU